UUGGCGUGGGGAGGGAGGCAAGGCCAGGCAGGUGAUAGCCCAGAUUUGUCACGUGACCUGGGCUACUGACUCACUGCCGACCCUGGGCCUCAGUCUCUCCACCUGUGAAAUGUAGCAGGGAGGGUCAGAGUAGGUGACUUCUAAUGACUUCCUGCUUACUGUGAGCCUAUUGCUCUGAACAAAGAGCAUUUUUAGUUUAAAAAAAGAUUCGUUGUCGUGCCUCACAGAAUACAGGUCAAUGUUACUCUGUGAGGCCUUUGAUUCCCCAUGGCCCUGGUCCUGUGAGGGAGGGUCAUUAAACUCUGAGACAUAGAAAGGGAAGCACUGACUGAGAUAACCUAGAUCUAUUCACUUGAUCCACAAAUACUAAGCACCUACUAUGUGCCAGACUCUGAGGAAACAGACAGAAAUCCCAGCUCUUUCCCGUGCAUGGGGAAAUGAUUUACAGCGUUCUGCUACGUGCUGAGCACAUGCUCCGCUCCGGGAACCCUGUUGAGAGCUGGGCAGGCCCCCUCCACGCCCGCCUGCUCACAUGACAGCCAGUGAGAUGGACAAAAAACACGGGAACAGAACAUAAAUUAAAAGCUUCCAGGCUGUCCCAAGCGUUAGGAGGAGGUGAAGGCAAGGCUUUGAGGUCUAGGAUUGGGGGCUCACCCCCGCCAACACAGGGCUGUGUGUGGCUGGUCUUGGCCCAGGGAACCAGGGCUCCUCCCUCCAUCCGGCUACUGGGCCACAGUUAGAAUCAAACCCUCCACCUUGACCUCAUUAGCAUUGGGCCUAAUCCCUGAGCCAGGUCCCUUAAACCGUGAGAGGUCCCGCCACACCCGCCAGCCAUUGCCUUCCGCUGCGCUCAUUCAUCCCCCCAGCACACAUUUCAUCAGCCCCCCAUAUGCAAGCCCCAACACCACCUGGGACAGGAGGGGUCUGGAGCCCCAGGCGGGCUGGAGGGAAGGGGGACUUUUCUGAGUGAACAGGUCUGGGAAUCUCAGGCGGGAAGAGGCUACACGGAAGAGAGUACACGGGAAGGAGGUCUUGGGGACCGGGACACUUCCCCGCUGGGUCCUUCCUUCACCAAGUCCACAGUGCAAACUUCACCCUCCCAGACUGCUCCAAAUGACAGGGUGUUGGAGUGGGUCACAGUCUGAACUCUUCCUAUUCCAGUGGUUUCAAUACGUGUUUGUUUGUAAGCCCUGCCGGCCCCACAGAAUGACACUUCCCGCGGGCAUCCUCCUCCUCCACUGUGUUUGUCAGAACCAAGCACCGUGUGUGGAACACCGUAGGUGCUCCAUACAUGUUUGUGGCAGGAGGGUGGUCAUCAAGCACCCUGUGCCAGGCACUCCCAUCUGCCCCAGACAUUCCUCAGAAGCAUCACUGUGCUCCUUUCACUGAUGGGGGGAGCCUGUCCAGGUCAAACCUCCAUUUGCCCCCCAGAACCCGCCCUCGUGGGGCUACCUGUCACAUGGGCUUCCAAGGCCCACUGGCCCAGCCCAGUCUGACCCGACGUCCCUGGAUGUGCCCUGUGUGCCGCAGUGUCCAACCAGUUCAGUUUCCAGGCUUGGCCUUGCCUUCACACUGGAGUCCCCAGGAGGCCUUGCUCACGGCAGUAGUCUGGUGCCCAGCACCGCACCUGGUACAUAGCCACCUCCUGGAUGCCAGGGCUCCCUUUAGGAGCCUUGAGAGCCUCUGCCCCCUUCCUGCUCCAGUCACCCUCUCCCUGGUCUCCUUUUCUAGCCUCACUUCCUCCAAUACAUCUGUGGGGGCAUUUGAGCCACGUUUCUGCCCCUGAGACCUGCCCAAGCCACUGCCCGCUGCCCAGGCUCCUCAGCUUGGCACUGAGACGCACCAGAGCUGGCCCCACAGCGCAGGUGUGGCCUCAGGCGUCUGCCAGCCCUUGUCUUCAGUCUCCCCUGUCUUUCCCACCUGGCAACCUAGCGAAACACUCCCCUUCCUCAAAGACCCAAACUUCCCCUCUACAGACACCUCCCCUUUAAAGGGAGUCUCCCCUCCCUGGAUCUGUUCUUCCCACAUCUUCCCACAUCUUCCCACAUCUUCUAUCCCCAGUGGUCUGCACACAAAUGUUUAAUGAACGGGAGAGUGAGGGAAUUCCAACUCGAAUACCUACUGAGCUCCGGGGCUAUGCCGGGUUGUGUGUCCAGCAUGGAGAGUGCCAGAGCAGGCAGGACGCGGCCCCUGCCCUCACGGUGGUCAUAAUCUGGUGAGAUGGGCUGGGGUCAGGGCCUGGCUGUGGGUGAGCCAGCCGGUGAGGGCUGGGGAAGAAAUAGGUAAGGGGCUGAGUGAGGGGUUGAGAGACUAAGAGAAUAACCAGAGCCUCUACCCUCAGGGAGCUCAUGGUCCGGGGGGGGGAGACAAAGCUCACAUGAAGUGAGGGAGACAUGGCAUGGAGCCAGCGGUCCCAAUGCCAGGUCACAGCCACCAGACUGAUACGGGCAGAGAUUCCUGGGGACCAGAAGAGUUGGGGGCGGGCCUCCUGCCCUUUCCCAGGGUCCCCAGCCCCUCCCCUCUCUGGCCCCAGGCUUCUGUCUAGAGUCACCUUGGCCCCUCAUGGAAGCCAAUUAGGCCCCCAGUUGCAGUGGGGAUUAAUAUGAUUAAUAACGCCCCCAAUCUCCCAGGUGCUGAUUCAGCCAGGAGCUUAGGGAGGGGAGGUCACUUUAUAAGGGCCUGGGUGGGGGGGUCAGAGCCCAGAGUGGUCCAGCUGGAGCCCUAGGUGGCUGAGCUCAGGCCUCCACAGCACUCUGGUCUGAGCCGCCCACAGGGCAGCCACCAGGACCGCAGCCAUGAAUGGGACAGAGGGCUCGAACUUCUACGUGCCCUUCUCCAACAAGACAGGGGUGGUGCGCAGCCCCUUCGAGUUCCCACAGUACUACCUGGCUGAGCCAUGGCAGUUCUCCAUGCUGGCCGCCUACAUGUUCCUGCUGAUUGUGCUCGGCUUCCCCAUCAACUUCCUCACGCUCUACGUCACCAUCCAGCACAAGAAGCUACGCACGCCACUCAACUACAUCCUGCUCAACCUGGCCGUGGCCGACCUCUUCAUGGUCUUCGGGGGCUUCACCACCACCCUCUACACCUCGCUGCACGGAUACUUUGUCUUUGGGCCCACGGGAUGCAAUCUGGAGGGCUUCUUUGCCACGCUGGGCGGUGAAAUUGCCCUGUGGUCUUUGGUGGUCCUGGCCAUUGAGCGGUAUGUGGUGGUGUGUAAGCCCAUGAGCAACUUCCGCUUCGGGGAGAACCAUGCCAUCAUGGGCGUCGCCCUCACCUGGUUCAUGGCACUGGCCUGUGCUGCACCCCCCCUCGUUGGCUGGUCCAGGUACAUCCCAGAGGGCUUGCAGUGCUCGUGCGGGAUUGACUACUACACGCUCAAGCCAGAGGUCAACAACGAGUCCUUCGUCAUCUACAUGUUCGUGGUCCACUUCACCAUCCCCAUGACUGUCAUAUUCUUCUGCUAUGGGCAGCUCGUCUUCACAGUCAAGGAGGCGGCUGCCCAGCAGCAGGAGUCGGCCACCACCCAGAAGGCUGAGAAGGAGGUCACACGCAUGGUCAUCAUCAUGGUCAUCGCUUUCCUGAUCUGUUGGGUGCCCUACGCCAGUGUCGCAUUCUACAUCUUCACCCACCAGGGCUCCAACUUUGGCCCCAUCUUCAUGACCAUCCCGUCAUUCUUCGCCAAGUCGGCCGCCAUCUACAACCCCGUCAUCUAUAUCAUGAUGAACAAGCAGUUCCGGAACUGCAUGAUCAUUACCCUCUGCUGUGGCAAGAACCCACUGGGUGAUGAUGAGGUCUCUGCCAGUGCCUCCAAGACGGAGACCAGCCAGGUGGCACCAGCCUAAGCCCUGCCAAGGACUCUACGGCCUACUGUAGGAGUCUCCCCUUCCCCACACCUACCCCCAGCCACAGCUGCCCCACCGGAGCCAGGCCUGUCGGAACCAGGUUGUGCAGGCUCCCUGAAUUAAAAAAAAAAAAAAAGAAAGAAAGAAUUAUUGAGAGAAAGAUGAGGAUCCCCACCCGGCCAGGACGCCCCAUCAGCAGUCCUGAGUUCCCAGGGGCCAGUGGGAUCUCUGCCCCUCCUCCCCCCAACUCAUCUCUCAGGAACACAAGAACUCUUGCUCUCUGGAAAAGUGUCCCAGCUUAGGGAUAAGUGUCUAGCACAGAGUGGGGCACACAGUAGGUGCUUAAUAAAUGCUAGAUGGAUGAAGGAAGGAACGAAUGGAGGAAUGAGUGAAGGAAUGAAUGAGCUGGGAGAGCAUAUCUGUCCUCUCGAAACCUCCUUAGCAGUAGCAGCUCACCCUCAGCUGAUGACCUUGAGCAGUGGUUUCCCUCCCUGGGCCUCACUUUCUUUCCCUGUGAAAUGGAAAUCCCAAAUCCCUAAUCCCUGGCCCUGCCAACACAUGGCUGCUGUGAAGAUCAAAUAGGAUUUUGUGUGUGUGUGUGUGUGUUUGCGUGUGCCUGUGUGUGUGAGAGGGAAUGUAAGCACUUUGUAAAUGGGGUAAAGAGCUGUACAGAUUGUAGUUAGCAUUAUUAAUAAUAUAAAUUAAUAUAAUUAAUUAAUUAAUAUGAUCAUCUCCUCUUGAUAGUGACCAUUUUGAGAUUGGGCAAAGUCCUAAGCAUCCACCUCAGCAGGUUUUUUAAAAUUAGCCAGGCGUCAAGGCCAGACCAGGGCUGACGGCUGGGCUGCAGGGAGGGACAGUCAAGGGAAUGCAGAAUGCAGUCAUUAGGACUGAAAAAGCGUCAGGGGACUGUGGAGUCUGGGGCCAAGGUCGGGGGUCUCACCUCUGGCAUGGAGCCCCAAGCCUGGUGCUUCCUCUUCCCAGUACAGCCUAGGGAGAGAUGGGACUUUCUUUCAGCUUCUGCAAACCACCCACUCUCUUGCCCAGCAACUAGGCCACAGCACCUCAGGGGCAGCUUGGAGCUUCUAGAAGCCAUAUUCACCUGCCCACAUUUAAUGAAGAGCUGAGUCACCCUUGUCUCAAAGAGCUUAGAAACAAAAAGUUGGAAAUUCAGAUGGGCCCACCUUCCCUGCGGAUGUUCACAGGUCCCGGAUUCCAGCUCCCUUGCUUGGUGAGCCUGUCUUCAGUAGCUCCAGUCCAUUCUCCAUUCUGGAGAGUCUUUGCGGCAAAGCUGGCGGGAAUUCUGGGCAUCGGAAUUGGGCUGCCCCCACAGCUGCCCCUCCUCCACAUAACCAAAGCUGGGAGCUCUGGCUGUCCCCAGCCCUGCCCGCACACUAGGCAAUUCGGGGCAUUAAAAGCUCAGCUCCUAUA